AUGUCGCGAUACACCGUAAUUUAGAAUACUGGGAUCAUUAAAUCAACAACUUCAUCAAUGCUGAGAAACCAUCUGUCAUCUAGCGAUCAUUGAUGUGAGGAUGAUCUUGGACGACGCGUACAGAGGCUCGACGCAAUAUCGACUGUGGUCAUACACAGAACAACAUCUCGCUCAAACACGGCAGAACACCAACGCCCUCGCUUCCAAGUGCCUCAGAGAGAAAUCCAGCGAAGUCCGUGCGACGGGAUCAUCUUCAACGGCCAGCGAUGAGGGAUCGGUGCCUCACAGAAGGGAGGAUAUUAUCGACACCGAUGUCGCCGUGCAGACACUCACCGUGGAGGAAGAAACGAAGAUUGUGGAAUGGGGCUGUAUGAAAAUCCUCGAGGCCGGCGAGGCCAUGGACCCCAGGAUUCCCUCGGAAAUCACGGCCACGGCCAUCCAGUACCUCCGUCGCUUCUAUCUCACCAACUCGCCGAUGAUACAUCAUCCGAAAAGCAUGGUCCUUUGCGCUCUAUACCUCGCGACGAAAGCGGAUCACUUUUAUUUCCCGCUAUCAAGAUUUGUUGGCGGAUUCGAGGGUGUGAGUGCGGAGAGCGUCAAGGGGUCGGAGUUUGUCCUGCUCCAAGGCCUCCGUUUUGCCCUGGACGUGCGCCAUCCCAUGAAAGGCCUGGCUGGCGGCCGGAUUGAAAUGCAGACCAUGGCCGACGAGGGCCAGCUCGGCGGCAUUUCGAACGCCACGGGCUCCGCCACAGCCAGGAUCGAUUCCGCCGCGGACCAGGCCAAGCGACUCCUGGCGACGGCGGCCCAGAUGACGGACGCGUAUUUCCUCUACACGCCCAGCCAAAUGUGGCUCGCCGCGAUGAUGGUGGCCGACAGGGACCUGGUGGAAACGUAUCUGGGCCGCAAGCUCGCCGGCCUCGCAUCUCCCGGCGCAGCCGCGGAGUUGGGGACGAAGCUCGUGCCCACGAUCUCGGCGUGUGCGCAGCUGCUCGCGUCUUACCACCCGUCCGACGCACAGGCUCAUCGCAAAGAGUUGAGCCGCAUCCGCAAGAAACUGGACACUCUGGUAGUCCCAAGGGCGAAGUCCGGAACGAGGGAAGGCGAAGGAGAAGACAGUCGAGAAAGGCCAGUGAAAAGGCGCAAGUUGGGCGCGGAAGUGUGAUUUUUACCAUGGCAGUCUCUCUGGCUCUGAUAAAACCCAGGAGUGCUAUGGAGGACAUCUAUUUGUUUAUCCGGGUCAAUUCAGUGGAUAUCCCUCUAUGCAUCUUGAUAACGCGAAUCUAAGCCUGGCCAAACAGCCAAUGCCGUAUACAACUCUACAGCAC